AUGACUGAAGCCAAACAAGAUUUAAUUGAAUUAUCAUCAAAUCCUUUAGAUGUAUGGAUAAAUACACAUUAUGAUGAAUUGUGUGCAGGUAUGACGUGUGAAAAUGCUCUAUUCUGCAAACCUUCAGACAUGAAAGACAAAAACUUUCAAAUGAGUAUUAAGGAUAAAUGUGAUAGGAAACAUAGAAGAAUAGACGGUAAACAAACAUGGUAUUAUGUUUUGAAAGAAGAAAUGAAAGGAUUAUAUAAACAGGUUGAACCAAACGAUAAUGAGGAAUCAUUUACUGAUGAUGAAAUACCUGUAAAUGAGCCGCUAAGCGGCGAGACCUGA